AUGGCGAGAGGAGGCGCGGGACGUCCUGUAUGGUCAGAGCGUCUGGAGAUCCCGGGAGCUAGCCGGGACUUGGUAACUGCCGUUCGGCCCGUUCUGAAGGAAUGGGUCGAACGCAAACAUGGCGCACCCUCCUUCCACCUCACACAGCUCCUGACGGGGCACGGCUGUUUCGGAUGGUACCUGUGUGAGAGGGUUGGACGAGAGCCCACCCCAGAGUGUCACCACUGUGACAGGGGAGCCGUGGACACGGCCAAACACACGCGUGAAGAGUGCCCUGCGUGGGCGGAGCCUCGCGCUGCCAUGUCCGCGGCAAUUGGAGGAGACCUUUCACUGCCGGCAUUAAUCCGCUGCAUGGUCGGCAGUGAGGAAGCUUGGGCUGCUGUGACCUCCUUCUGUGUCACAGUCAUGACACAGAAGGAGGCAGCAGAAAGAAUGCGCGAGGAUGACGCGGCUAGCCAUCCUCAGCGCCGCAGAAGGCCGGGCAGGCGGCGUAGAGCCUAUGCAGGCAGAAUGUUGCCGCCCUAA